UUGAAAUUCAUUUUUAGUUGUGUUUCGGUGCUCUAUUCUGUCUAUUCGGUGUCUGUAAAAUUUGAUCGGUCUCGCGUUUAACCGAAUAAAAACUUGUGUUAUUUGUGCGAAAGAAAAAUAAUAAUCAAAGUUUAAGGAGUAAAACUACGAAUACCAAAUAAAUAUCGAAUCGAAAGUGCAUCUCAACAGUGUUUGAUUGAUACCCAUAUCCACAUAAAAACAUAAAAAGGAAUAGCAGUUACGCAAAUUACGGAUUUCAAAAGAAUUUAAAAAUGAUGUGCGGCAAAUAAAUGAUCGGCUGUGCACAUGAUAAACAUACGUUGCGGCGUCCAACAAAACCAUCAAAAUGAUUCUGUAAACAUUAUCGUGCCUUCGAUCAGGCACACCAUUUAAUAUCAUAACGUCAAAAAAUAAUGCACAUUGACCACCGAGAGAAACAAUUUUUUUUUUUAUUCAUCAACAACGUUUAUACAUGGUUUCGAUUAAAGUUAAAAUCGAAAGUUCAUCAUUAAAAUAUCUUUUUUUUUGUAUUUGCUAAAUUUAUUUACGUGUAAGGCAAAAGUAAAUAGCAAACGUACUUAGAGCAAAGCCCAACAUCAAUCUUGUCACCAUACACUCGUGAAGCCAUUUUCGUAUUUGUGCAAAGUACUCGAAAUCGAAAAACGAAAACGAGGACAUUGAGAGAUUAAAAAAAAAAAAACAUGGGACUAAAUAACUAGACUAUCGAUAGACACACCUAAACCGUAUACAGUUCAAUUCAUCAUCAUUCCGCAUAUCACCAUGGAAAAUCAAUCACAAGCACCGGGACCUAUGAAACAAUCGGUUUCGAUGACAUCUUUACCACCGCCCGGACCACAAGAGGUGUCUGAUAUGGCUGUUGCAAAAAUGAGAUUGGAACGCCCAUAUAACAGUUUGAAGAAAAAACGAAAUUCCGAACGCGACAUCUGGCGUAACUCAUGGGGCAGCGGUCACAGUCAUGCUAGCUCAUGCAGCAUACACAGCACUGCAACGAAUGGCGGUGGUUCUGGUAUAGGAAAAGAUGAUUUUUGGGCUGCACUGCAACCAAAUUACAACUACAUCAUGGACACAAAUCUGUUGGAUAGUUGUCGUGAAGCGCGUUGUGAAUUCGAAGGUGCUAGUGCGGCUGCAGCUUGUGUUGAGGAGAAUUGUUGUGAAAAGUCAAUCGGUCCGUCUACACGAACACAAAGUUUAGUUGGUGAUCCACGUAGACUAAGACGAUGGCUAAGAGAAAUGGAAAAUGAAAUGACAAAAACUCCAUCAAUAUCAACCGCAUCCAAAAUGAAAUCGGCUGAAUUAAAGCGUCGACUAAAUGAGCAUUCGGGUUUAUAUCGUGAAAUCGUUUCGCAAGGCAGAGUUGUAGCGGCUUGCAUUCGUUCAGCGGAAACAAAGGCUGCAAAUGAUAAAAAGAAUUCAAUAGAAAAAUCCCUACCAACCGAAACGACUCGUAAAGGUGAUGGAAAUUUGAAGGCAUUGGAACGUCGAUAUCACCUCUUAUACCUGAAGGCAAUUGAAGUUCAAUGUGUAUUUGAAACACUGUUGUCUCGAAAGGAAUCAUCGACAUCAUCUGACCCACUAACACAUUCAGACACUGACGAAGAACCGGUUGCAAAAUUACCCAAGCUCAGUGAUGAACCAAGAACAUCAAAAUUAUGUAGCGACUCCGAGGAAUACUUAGACGCUAAAGGAUCAGACGAUGAAUGGAUUCAACCAAAACGUUUAGCAAAGAAUUUCAUCGAUUCAUCACAAACGGCUGGAUUUGAUGCAGAUUCUGAAGGAAGUGACAACGAAACAAAUACUAAAAUCACGAAACAAAGCUCCCCAUUGCCAACCACAGGCUUGAAGCCGAUUGCUCAACAUUCCGUUGACCAGGUCGAUCAUCAUCAAACCGUAGAAAUGGAUACAACAUCGGCCGAUUGCAAUGGAAAUUCUAAUUACAAUGACCAAUCGACAGCUAGAGAUGAUGUUUUAGGUCAAUGCAAUGCCACAACCCCAGUCAAAAGUGGAGCAACGAAACGUACCCGCCAGCCCGAUGCCUCUAAAUUUAAUAGAUCCAAUAGAAAAUCGAAGAACUGUGCCAUAUUUUACUUCAAACAUUUAGAUACGGAUGGAGAAAACAAAGAUUGGUCGUCACAAGCCAGCGAAGCUAGUGAGGCCUUCAAAUCAACCGCUUCAUCGGAAGAUGAGUGGAUAUUUUCAAAUCGUAAUGACGAAAACGAUGAAGAUCCAGUUGAUGCUAGCAUAAAUACCCUUGUACCUGUAAAUGAUUAUAAUUUAAACUCAACUGACGUCGUUGAUGCACCACUUAGUUAUAAAAUGAAUAACGGCGAGAAAAACGGAAAUGCAACUUGUGGAAUGGAUGAUCCACACAAGAAAUUCAAUGGGAACUUUAGUGCUUCAAUGGUUUCAUCCAAUGGAAAAGGCUAUGCACCUCUUGCUAUGCAAUACACAAAAGAAUCAAUUAAACAAUUGGUUAUGGAAGCUGAAACGCUUGUGCGUGAAGACAUUUUAUCCAAAACACCGUCACGGAACCAUCGACCAUCCUUCAGUGAAAUGUCGGUGCGUAAAAAUGGUUGUGAUAGCAAAGUUACAAUGUCGAAUCCCAAAAUAAAACGAGUCCAAGAAUGGUUACAUCAUCAACCGUCUACGCCGCCAACGCCAUUGACAUUGUCCCGAGCUGGAACGGAUUGCGAAGCAUCCGGCGAAUACACAACCGAGUCAGACUCAGUUGCUCGGGAUUCAGAUUCAUCCGAUGGUCCAUCUGAUUCGAUUGCAACGUGUCUGCAAGAUGGCGGAUCAAAUUCACAGUGCACCUCGACCGAAGUGAUUGGUUACAGCAAUUCGGCAGAUCCAUUGAAUACGUUGGACAACGAAUCGAACGAAAUGAUGGGAUCUAUGCAGCAGGUGACACUGCGCUCGAAACGCCGAAAUUCUGAUCGGCCACAUUCGGUUUCGUGUUUGUCUCAAUUGAACGAUACGCGCAAGGUUGUCCGAUCCAGUGAUGAAAUAGCUAAUCAGGGAUUGGCAAACCAUUCAAUCAGUGAGUCGGCACUAAAUACAUUGUCGUCUCCUGCCACUCCGUCCACUGUUUCGCAUAGUACGAGUGGAACGAUGAAAACAUCGGAAAGCAAAAGUUCAUUGAAGAAGAGACGGAUGCGAGCCAGAAAGCGCUUGGCUGGUCGAAAGAGUGAGUCAGGUUCAAAUGGCUCAUCCGACUGCGGAGCAAGUGAAUUAUCUCGUAUCAUAACUUCAACCUUAGUUAAGUCGGAGUCGUUCUCUGGACAGUCUACAUUGAUGAAAGAUCUAAGCAAGGCUCUGUCAAUGUUAUCCAUACCGCGAAAAUUGCUACAGAAUGCUUCAUCCACAUCAGAAAUGGAAAGUGAAGAUGAUGCAGCACUUCCAAAGCCUAAAUUUCAAUUGGGCGCAUACACCUCGGUUUAUGGUUCUGACAUUGCUUUAAAAUUGGGCUCAUCUUUAGCGGCGCUUGCCAAUUACAACCGAGAAGGCGAAGCAAAAGAUCUCAGUUUCACUGGAACGGACAACAGCAACUUUUCCGAACAAGCAUGGGACAACUAUCAAGAGAAAUAUUUAUCUGAAGCGUACUCUGAAGGAUUUGACUCUGAUGCAGCACGUCGGUUGAUGGAAUUCGGGGAUGAUUAUCGAAACUUUUUGGAUUCUCAAUCGGAUUGCUGUUCGUCACUAUCAGCCGCAAAUAAUUUUGAUUCACUAUCACCACCCAGAAAUCGAAAGCCUCGCGGACUACAAGAAAAUACUUCGCUCAGCAAUUCACCAUCCGGUGACGAUUUAACAUUGCGACGCAGACGAACUGCAGAAUUCGAGAGUGAGAGACGCCGGAAAGCUUCGGAUGGAGCGCGUAAAGUAUCAUCAGAAGAAUCUAAGAAAUCAGGAGAUCCAAAUUCGCCGCUUCGACGACUAUCAAACAAAUCUUCCCACAACAGCACCAUUCGUAAACUGGAACAAGAAUUUAUUGCUGGCCUAGAUAAACGCAAACACGAUGACAAUUUGCUUCGACGUCGACUCCGUUCAAACGACAAAUCAUUUUCGUCCUCAUCCAGCUGCAGCGAACCGGAAGACGAAACGGAAUUGAAAACGUUAUUGUCGCAGAGCAAAUCGCGCUUGGAAAAUACGGAUGCACUGCGGAUUCGCCAUCAUUUACUGCGACCAGAAGACUAUGCCGAAAUAAUAGCAACAUGUCGCGACAAUGUGCAUUGCCUGCAAACGGUGCUGCGAGGCCUACCGGGCGAUGUCCUGUCGAAUAUUCGCGGUCAAGAAAUUCGAGAAUUACUUUCUUCUUGGGAAAGACUACUACAUUGGAGCGAAAAUGCGUCAGUUGCUCGUAAACUGCAGGAGGAGAUGUUGGUAUUGAAAAGUAUAUUAAAUAAGCUGGGCAAUCGGGAUGGUAUCUUAGAUUCAGAGUCAUCGAUUCAAAUGUCUAUUGACGACUUAAAGAAUGAAAAAGCUCAACUUCUCACCCAUCGCUCGACAAUGCUUCGCUUGAAUGCAUCCGUGCACAGUUGGUUAACGCGCCAAGAAAUGAAAAUGGAAAAAUCAAAAGCCGAAAUUACCGCCACAACAACAAUCAACGAUAAUUCCGAUCAAAAGACUUCCGUCACAGCAUUAAACUGCAGCGUGUCUAAUGAACCGACCAGCAAAGAUACAGCCGCUCAAUUUGACGUCAAUUUCGUUGAUGAUGAACUACAUAAACAGCUGAAGAAUGAAGUUGGAGAUAUGUACAGUACAUGGGAUGAAGCUGAUCAAAGAAUAUCCAGUCGAUUGGAAAGUCUAACCACAUCGCUGAUCGCAUGGAAACAAUUCGAAAGUGGUAUGACUGAAUUCAAAGAAGCAUUGGGAAAGGACAAAGGUACACUUAAGGGACUAACAGGUGCUCUGGAAAUGUGUCGUGACGAUAACGAACAUGGUUUAGCACAUGAUGUCAAAGAGGUGGCUAAGCGGUUAUCGGAACGAAGUGAAAGCAAUAUCCAACAAAUUGCAGAGCAGACGAAAAACAUUCAUCUAACUACGGCUACAGCCGCUACUGCAUUCAAUUUGAAAUCAACAUCAAACGGUUCUCUAUCAGACUCCGGUAUGUCUGAUGGUGGCGGCAGUUCAGAUUACAGUGUAUCCGAACGUGAACGCCAUUUGAAUGUGCUGCGUCGUUUGGCCAGACAAUUGGAAUCGGCAUUAGCACCUGGUAGUGCAGCAAUCAUUUCCAUUUCUCAGCGAAUGGAAGCAGCCGAAGCCGAUUUGAGAUCGUUACAGGAUACGUGUCGAGCAUUGAUUGUGCAGACAGCUGCUACGCAGAAUCAAAAUCAGUAUGGGGUCAGAGGUCAGAUGCAGGACGCUCAAACGGAAAUGUCUGCGACGAAUGUAGACGGUGAAUUUGCAACGUUAUCAGCACAACAAUCGGUGCAAGUACUUAAAGUUAAGCAGCCAAAGCGAUUUGUGCAAAGCAAACGCAAACCUCGCCGUCGCAGCAGCGGACUAAACAUUUCCCCAACAGCAUCCGCCCACAAACCGUCACCAUUGGCAAUGUCACCAGCAACGCGAAUACCAUCACCCGAACCGGACCCAGACGAUCCCAAUGACGAAUUGGAAAAAGGCGAAAAGGAUCCGAAGAAAUGGGCAUGGCGUUUAGCGAAAUAUGCGGUACCCGUUCAAGUGGCCCUGGUGGCAUUAAUAUGUGCUAUUUGUUGCCUGGAACCGAAUUGUUGUGAUGCCGUCAAUAAUUUUUCGAUGAGUUUUACACCGCAAUUGCGAUAUGUUAAAGGUCCACCGCCGAUUUAAAUGGUGGUGGUGACCGACAUGGAUGCGUUUUAUUUCAGGCUCUUUGUGAAGCGGGCGACGAUGCGUACACGCAACGCACAAGUGAGUCAGUGUUUAUAUAAUUUUGAUUUAUCAUUACUUUUCCACGAAUACUUUUAUGACUUCGUUAUAAUAUUUAUUUAAGUCAAGAUCCAUAGACAACAAAAUUUUCUUUGUUAUUAAACUUCAUAUUGAUGUCUUCGUACAAAUCAGUGAUUGCUUGCAACUUUGCAUGGCAAAGCAUUCUUGACAAUGUGAAGUAUAUUUAAUUAAAUAAAGCAAUUUAUCGAUUAUCGAAAUGAAAAUUUUCUAUAAAUUCAACGUGGAAAGCGACAAAUAAAAAGAAAUGAUAAAAAGCGUGACCAACAGUGCAUUUUGUCACGUCAUAAUGGGGAGAUCAACUUAAGAUAAUUACAUUGAUGUUGACUCAUCGUAAAACACUCGUUAAAGUGUUAAACCCGAGGACAGUCUGUUGGUCCGAUGAUAAAAGACGUUCAGAUGGUGGAUACCAUGCGUCAAAGACAAUAUUUAUAGCGCAAAGUAAUUAUCAUAUCUUAUUUGAGUAGUACAUUGAUUAAGACUUGAAAAUGAUUUUUCUUUAUGUUAUUUCGGUUACUUAACCUUUUAUAAACGGAUGAUCAACUGUUAAAAUACAAGCUAAACAAAAGAAGUAGCAGAUUGAAUUGUUAUAUGUAGCCUUAUUCGGUACCCGUUUAUGAAAGGAUAAUAUCGUUUAUAUGCUUAUAGACUAGUGGAUUCUAUGACUAACAUUGAAAUAUUAUUUAGAAGAAAAUGUUAAAAUAGUUUUGAUGACGUAAGUGCCUGAAGUAAGGAGAAACAGAAAUUGAAUUCGGAUCAACGUACUUUAAAAUGGAAAGUGGUAUGUAUUGAACUAUUAAUGCAAUGGCGUAUCAUCAGUCAUAAAUGCAAUAACAUAGAUUUUUUGAAGAGUGAAAUAUAGUUGACGUCAGUAAAAUUUGGACAUGUAUUUGUUUAAGCCACUCUUGUGAACGGUUUCAUUUAUUUGAAAUUUGUCUGAGGUUUGUUUCAAAAACAGUUGAAUCAAAUUCAAGUCUACAUUUCACUGACGGUUACUGUGGGCUCGCAAUUUAUUUUUUAUUUCGAGAGAAGUAAAGAAUUUUGAAAUUUCAUUGAAAACAAAAGAUUGAAACGGAGACUUCUUUUGAUAAAUAUGACUCUAUUUGACAUAGAAAUAAA